AUGUCAACAUAAUUCAAAAUUGAUUUAGUUUUAAUUAGACAUGCAGAAUCUGAAUAUAAUUUAGAAUAAAGAAAAGCCUGCAAUUCAUCCACCGAAGUAAAAAACGGGGAAAAUCUUUAAACUAAAUUUAAAAAAGAUUUAAUAGAUUGCAGUUUAACAGAAGAAGGGAAAAAUUAAUGUUUAUAAGCUGAAUAAAUAUGUGAAAAUUUAAAUAUAGGAAUAGUUUUAGUUAGUCCUUUAAGAAGAGCAUUAGAAACAUGUAAAGAAAUAUUCAAAAAUCACAAAAAUAAGCCUAAAGUAAUUGUAAAUCCUUUAUUUAGGGAAAUGCUGUUAAGUAAUUGUGAUAUUGGGGGUAGAAUAUUGGAAUCAAAGGAAGAUUUUCCAGAAUACGAUUUUUCUUUUUUGGAAUAAUACGAAAACCCGAUUUUAUGGAAUGUUUAUGAAUUGACUAAUAAAUAAAAAGUUUAAGAGAUUGAAGCAAAUAUUAAAAAUAUUUGUGUAUAGGAAAGUAUAUAGAUUAAGAAGCAUGGUCAUUUUAAAUUGUUAGAGAUUAUUAAAUAAAUGUUUCCAGUACAUAUAGAAAGCUAAUAGGAAUAUAAUUAAAAUGUGUAACUUUAAAAAUAGUAUAUUCUUAAUUUACUUGAAAAAAUGCCUUAAGGUACUAAAAUUGCAAUUGUGGGACAUUCAAGGGCUUUGGAAAGUUUCACGGCUGCUUCUUAUGAAAAUGAAACUUUAAUUGGAGCUCAUUGGUUUAAAAAUGCGGAAGUUUAUCAAAUGUAAUUAGAUGUUAACUAAUAAAUGUGAUAGAUUUAUUUUAUCUUAUUUUUUGAUUUAUUUUUUCUCUAUUUUAUAUAUAAGCUUAUUAUUUUAUGUAUAGUAUAUA